UGCCAAGUGCGGAGUGGGAGAGGUCAAAAACCACUUCCGGGAACGCGAGGGAAAGUACGUCAUCAUCGCGCUGCGGCCUGGACUGGAAGGUGAGAGGCACUGAGAAGCCGCAGAGAUGCCGGUUGCAGUUGGACCCUACGGGCAGUCACAGCCGAACUGCUUUGACAGAGUGAAAAUGGGCUUCAUGAUGGGGUUUGCGGUGGGCAUGGCAGCAGGAGCCCUGUUUGGCACAUUUUCGUGUUUGAGAAUCGGGAUGAGAGGACGGGAGCUCAUGGGUGGCGUUGGAAAGACGAUGAUGCAAAGUGGCGGCACUUUUGGAACUUUUAUGGCCAUCGGAAUGGGAAUUCGUUGUUGAUUGCUCGUGUCUUUGAUUUGUUAAUAAAGCUAAUUCUGUACAAUAUGUCCAUAAAGGAUUUCACCUGGUUUAA